CUUUCGCGGGUCAUUCCUAGUGCGCCUGUGCAAAUCCGGAUUUCUCUCCAGUCUUCCUCCCCGCCCCCUACCGUGUCCCCGGAAGCGUUAGCUCCCUUCCCCUACUGGGGCUGUGACACGGCGGAGUAGCGGCGCUCUAGGUGCCACCACCACCAUGGUUCCAGCUGUCUGCGCCGCUCGAAAGGCUACGUGGUGAGACUGGGCCGAGCUACUGGCCCCACAGUCCGUAGCUGGUUCUCCCUGCCAGCUGACUGCACGUUGGACCCCGACCCCGAAGGCUCCGCCCUCGACCUCCACACUUCCCCUUCCCAUGGCUUGGAUACACGUGGAGACCACUGGGCGAAGCAGGCAGCAGGGGUGCUGAAACUGGAGGCUGGAGCCCUGGAGCCCUGGCCAUGGCCGGCCAGUUCCGCAGCUACGUGUGGGACCCCAUCCUGAUCGUCUCCCAGAUCGUCCUCAUGCAGAACGUGUACUAUGGCUCCCUGGGUCUGUGGUUGGCGCUGGUGGACAGCCUGGUGCAGAGCAGCCCCACUCUGGACCAGAUGUUCAGCCCGGAGAUCCUGGGCUUCUCUACUGCCCCUGGCCGUCUAUCUAUGAUGGCCUUCAUUCUCAAUGCUCUUACCUGUGCUCUUGGUUUGUUAUACUUCAUCCGUCGAGGGAAACAGUGUUUGGACUUCACUGUCACAGUCCACUUCUUCCACCUCCUGGGAUGUUGGAUCUACAGUUCCCAUUUCCCUUCAUCGCUGACUUGGUGGCUGGUACAUGCUGUUUGUAUUGCCCUGAUGGCUGUGAUUGGGGAGUACCUCUGUAUGAGGACGGAGCUCAAGGAGAUCCCUCUUAACUCUACUCCCAAAUCCAAUGUCUAGGAGAUUGGUUUCUGGGGCCAUGUAUGCCCUCCAGGUCUUUUUGCUGGCAUUGAGAGGAUCUUGGGCACUGUGAAGUUGACAUUGGUGUGGGAGAAGCAGGCUCCACCAGUCAGCCACAGGGCAUAAGCUGAGGCAGUGGUAUCUGCAGGGAAGAAAUGCAUCAGGAAGAGAACCUUUCCUAUGGGCCAAGGCAGAUUAAAAGGAGCAAGCAAAAAUCGGAGACAUCUCACUCCACUAUUUUUCUCAUCAUCCUUUUUUUUUUUUAAAGAAAAAGAUCAAGAAACUCAUGAUAGGAGUAAAUCACUUGCCUGUCUAGUCACCCUGCCUACUUGGGAUAAAUAUAACUUCUCCAAUUUUACUGGACCAAAGAAGUUCAGUUUGGGAUAAUAAUGUGUUUCUGUGGAUGGGGAGGUCAUAAAUGGUAUGGUCAUCAAGGCUGAUGGAGGCACAGAAUGCCAGUGAAAUCCAAAGCCUUCUACCCUGAAACACACAUACUGGCCAGUGACCUUCCUUUGGCUCCACCUUGUCUGUCCUGUCCCUUGCCCCUGCUUCCUACGCGAGGUAGCUCCUAGGACCCUCGGCAAUUACUCCCUCUUCCCUUGGAACUAUAGUACAGAUGGGAAUACAAGGUUACUCAGUGAUGGGACAAGCACAGUGUUCCCAUCCAGGGUUUUUCUCUUUCCCGUUGGGGAUGAUGUGGCUAGGAGGAGGAGGGAGUGCUUCGCUGUCGAGAUGCUCCUUCGGGGAAGGAUUUCCUGUUGGAGUGGCUGACAGCUCCUUGACUUCCUUUGUACAGAAAUACAGUAUUUUCCAGUUCUGCC